CCACCUCAAUUGCGGCGCUAACGUCCAUCUCCCCCAAUUUUCUUUGGUUACAUUUUUGUUCCUCAGGCUCAGAGUUCAGAAAAUGGGGAGCAUUCCACUUCCCUCGUUGUCUCUACUAAUUUCCAGUUCCAGCUCCUCCAUUUUUGGAAGAUCAUCAACGUUUUCCUAUCCUCCCGGGCGAUUCAGAAAGGCGGAAGCACUAUCCGUUUCCUGCGAUUACUCCUGUUUUGAAAUAAGGGAUGUCUCUUAUCGACCUCCAGGAACCAAGAUCGAUCUAUUGAGUCAAGUCAACCUUUCCAUCCCUGAAAAAAGACAUAUCAAGCUGUCUACGGAACAGUAUCACUAUGAAGAAACUAGAAUCUCAAAUGCUGAUAUGCAUUUGAAGAGGCUCUCUGUGGAUUUGACAUGGAUCUUUUGUAGUUUUGGCUUGAUAUUUGGACGGAGUGGCAGUGGAAAAACUACUCUAUUGCAGUUGAUUGCAGGGUUAAGCAAACCAACGUCAGGUUCCAUAUAUGUGCAAAGAUAUAGUGAUGAUGAUGAACAGAUUAAGUCUCCUGAACCCUUACAACCUGAAAGAGUUGGCAUUGUUUUCCAAUUUCCUGAGAGAUACUUUGUUGCCGACACUGUUCUUGAUGAAGUUACAUUUGGGUGGCCAAGACAAAAGGGUGGCCUACAAUUAAGAGAGCUUCUUGCUUCUAGACUUCAAAAGGCCAUUAUGUCGGUUGGUCUAACAGGAAUAUCCUUGGAUAAGGAUCCCCAUUCAUUAAGUGGUGGCUACAAACGUCGGCUAGCCCUUGCUAUUCAGUUAGUUCAAACACCAGAUUUAUUAAUAUUGGAUGAGCCUCUUGCCGGUCUUGAUUGGAAGGCUCGUGCAGAUGUGGCAAAAUUGUUAAAGGAUCUAAAGAAGGAGCUAACUUUACUUGUUGUCAGCCAUGACCUCAAGGAGUUGGCAUCUUUGGUAGAUCAAUCUUGGAGGAUGGAAAUGGGAGGAGCACUUAAAAGAGAGCCACUACCCAUUUAAUACUCAGAACUUAUAAUGUUCCCAAUAAUCAUUAUCUGGUGUAAUAGAUGAGGUUUUUAUGAGACGUGAAUUACAUACAAUUCUUGGAGAGGUGCUCAAGGUUAUUGAUUUUACUUCAAUCCCUGACUAUUGAGAUCUUCACAUUUCAUGUAACCUCUUAAAUGUAAUUAACAGUUUCUGUAAUGAGUUUUUAGAUAGUUUCUAACUUUCUAUAGCACUUAGUUUGUUCUUCAAUUUUAAUUAAAGUUUGAUGGGUCUGCAGCAUUUUCUUUGUCCUAGUCUCUCACCAAAAGUUUUGAAUGUCGAUUGGAAUUUUGUUCAAAAUAUGUAUUAUUGUAUGCAUGUAUUGGUAAAUUAAUUUACACUGUUGAACAUA